AUGGGGUGUUGUUAUAGUAAUGAACAAAAUAACGACAAGGGAGAUGAUUCCGCAGAUGCAGCUGCCAGACAGCCUCUUCUUCAAAAUUCUGCCAAUGAUGACAGUCCAAGUAUGAAUACUGGAAGCUUUAUAACAGAAUCUGGUGAACAUUCAGAUAAAGUUGAUGAACAAUCGAAAUUAGGGAGAAUUCUUCAAACCACUGCAAGGAAUAUUAUUGAUGUAGCUGCCAUGGAACCACAAAGUAUGGAACAUAAUGAAUAUCAUGACAAAGCUAAAUUAUAUAGUGACAAAUUAAAUAGUGCCCUGAAUGGAUCUGGUCGGACUCGGACGUACAAAACGCAAUUACCAUACAGCACAAAUAAUCCACAGAUUAUUUUAUCUUCACAACCGCUGCCUCCGGCAGACUUGCAUUUGAUACAAAGUGCUGCAGAAAAAGCUUAUGAAGCAUAUAAUCAGAUCCAAGUAGAACAUAAAGAAGAUCUUGUUGUUCCAUUUCGUUUUUAUUGA